AAAGACAGACUAAUCUUUCUGAUAACACGAGGUCACCUACACUAUGUCCUUGGAACCAAACAAACCUUAAUAACUCUCACAAUACUCCCACCAAUAAUUCUUUAAACUCAAUCUCAUCUAUUCGUAAUGCAGUCACUUCACUUAGAAAUGAUGUCAACAAUAUCAUGGCAAAAUUUCAACAACUCGACUCCAAGCUAGAUAAAAUUCUUAACACCCUCACCACUCAAACACCAAGUUCAAAAACUUCUACUCACACACAAUUUGAUGAUACAACUGCCUCACAUAAUCAUAACGACAACAUCAAUGACAUGUUCAUGCAGAAUGACGAACUCAUUGAUAACACCAUCAAUACUCCUCACAAAACUCUUCACUUCGAUAAGCUCAUCAAUCAACUACAUCAAAAAGAUGUCACAAUUAACGAACUCACAAACCAAAAUAAACAGCUCUACGAAUCAUACAAUACUCUCAGUGAAAGAUUACUCCAACUUGAACAAAAUAUUAAUAAU